AGCCAAGACAUUAGACUUUAGUCUGAAUGGCGCCUCUUCAAGGUCUUGUAAAUAUGUUCUCAACACUCUCAUGCAGACAUUUCAGAACAAGAGACUCGCUCAUGCUGUGAAAGAGAGUAUACUUGAUGGUCUAAUUACAGAGCUGUUGCUUUGGCUUUUGGAUGAAAGGCUUCCUCGGAUGGAUGAUGGGAGUCAACUUUUGAGAGCUCUUAGUGUUUUGAUGCUUAAAAUUCUGGAUAAUGCUGACCGGACUUCAUCAUUUGUUGUGCUCAUAAAUCUUUUACGCCCUAUUGACCCGUCAAGGUGGCCAUCUCCAGCAGUGAAUGAGUAUCUAACCUUGAGAAAUCAGAAAUUUUUGGAUUUGGUCGUCAAAUUUUUCUUCCCCUUUCUUGUGAAACUUGGUGGCUUCUGCCUUUUCUCGCACAUUUCUCAUCUUACAGAAGUUCUCCAAAAUACCAUAUAUGAUGUUGAUCUUGAUCGUAUCCUUCAAAGUAUCCAUAUGUACCUACAAGAAUUAGGAACGGAAAGAAUUAACAAAACAGCGGGAGCUGAUGACAAACCACUUCACAUGGUGAAAACUGUUCUGCACGAGCUUGUUAAGCUUUGUGGAACUGCCAUAAAGGGUCAUCUUUCCAUGAUCCCAAUAGACAUGCAACCGCAGCCCAUUAUUCUUGCCUACGUUGAUCUUAAUCUUCAGACCUUGGCAGCUGCAAGAAUGUUAACCCCUUCUGGCCCUGCUGGACAAAAUCGCUGGGUCGAUUCGGCAGCCAACAGUCCAGCACCUGCAACACAUUCUGCAGAUGCUCAAUUAAAGCAAGAAUUGGCAGCAAUAUUUAAGAAAAUUGGUGACAAGCAAACUUGCACAAUUGGUCUCUAUGAACUCUAUCGAAUUACACAGUUAUAUCCUCAGGUUGAUAUAUUUGCUCAGCUGCAAAAUGCUAGUGAGGCAUUCAGAACAUACAUUAGAGAUGGUUUAGCACAGGCCAGGAUCUAAUUUUAUGGGCACGUAGUUAAAUUUAUAAAGGAAACACUCUCUCAAGUAGUUCUUAUUAACCUCUAUUGCAGAUGGAGAAAAAUGCAGCCGCAGGAAGGACCCCUUCGAGUGUACCUCUGUCAACUCCUCCACCAGUGGCACUCAACCUCUCUUCAAAAUAUGGCCCUAUAUCACCUGUAAAUACAAAUCUGUUCAAUGAUUCAAGAAAUCUGAAUACUAAAGUUGAACCUACAAACUUCAGUUUACCACCAUCUUAUGCCGAAGAAAAUAGGCCUACCAAUACCAUCUCUGUAAGAGGUCCUUUGUCAGAUCAAUCUGGUUUACAGCAGAAUUUGGGGGAACUAAGAAGUGACAGAUUACUAUCUGGAGUUUCAAGCGGUACAUUAGAUGCUAUUAGAGAAAGGAUGAAGAGCAUCCAAUUAGCAGCAGCUGCAGUAAAUCCAGAUGCUAGAAGUAGGCCAUUGGUACCUGUGAAUAGGAAUGUAAUCCAUGGACUUUCUGGUCAUCCUUCUGUCACAAAAGGUGUUGGUACCGAGAACCCUAUGCAUGGUGGAUCCUUCCCAUGGACGAGAAGGCUCUAUCUGGCCUUCAGGCUCGUAUGAAAAGGUUAAAAACUGGGUCACUCGAGGAGGGGAGUCUCGUAUGGAAGGGUUAAAAUCUGGGUCACUCCACCCUCUGUAGGACGGGAUCUUAGUCAGAGAGCGAUUCUUUAUGCAUCCUGGUAAAUUAUUUCAUAUGACGCUAAUCUUGUAAUUUGGGAGAAACAACUGGGUGCAUGUAUUGGACAUUCGGGCCUCCAGGUUACUCACACAAUCUUGCAUAUUUUUUGGCUGAUAGAAAAUGCAGAGCUUGUUUCCUGUAAUAUUGCUGCGGAGUUUGUGAGGUUAGAGAUAUAGGCAAUGUGUGGCGAAAAUUUAUUUUGUUCAUCAACAUUAGUUGUAUAUAGUAGUUGUAACUUUGAUAAGUGGCGCAUAUAUUCAAUCUCAUUUGCAAGA